UUCUAAAAGGUUUAUCUUUAUAUCUACUUUUGUGUCGUUUUUGUCUUGAAAAACUAUUAAUAAGGUGAUACUUUGAAGAAAAUGGUUUUCGGGAAUAUUUCUAAGCACAUUUGGAACCCAAAGUUAUUAUUGUUUGAAAGCAACGAUCUUUAGUGUUCGAGCUUUACAAUAUACACUUUUUCCCCCAGCCAAACUCACCUCUUCAAACGCAGUUGCGGUACAAAUGGGCUGAUUGGAGAAUGGCAAAAGAUGUGAGGAAAAGGAAAACUCUUGCUGAGUUCGCAGUAAAUAAACUCAGAGUGAAUGCCCUCCGCAAGAACAAUGUUUUGCCAAGAGAAAUUCGAGAAAUAGCUGACAAAGAAAUAAGUGAGUUUCCAAGGGAUGCAGUUGGAAGAAGGAUUCGUGCUCGGUGUGCUAUUACUUCAAGGGGAAAUGGAAAUGUACUAAAAUGGCAUGUGAGCCGCAUUGUUUUCAGAGAUUUAGCAGAUCAUAAUCUUUUGGCUGGGGUACAAAGAGCAAUGUGGUAAUUGUUUUGUAAAUAAAGUUUAACUAUGCUUA